UCACAGCAGCUAGGCAUCACUUCUCCUGUCCAUGUCCAUUGUCCUUGGAGGCUCCAUAAAUUGAAAAGGGAAAUCCAGUUGGUACAUGAAUGCUGUGAGAGUGUCCCAAUGAUCUGUUCUCCUCCUACGGCAACAACAAUGCUUCUGCUCUGCACACCCGUUCAAACCAAAGCAGGCACAGAUUUGCCCCUCAUCAUCAUCGUGCCAUGACUCAAGAGAGGAGGCCAAAAUAGCUUCAUGCAGCAGCGGCGAGGAGAAGACAAGAUGAUCAUGAAGCCAGAGGUUGAUGAGACACUGCAGCACCUGGAGGCCAAGCCCAGGAGGCUCUACCAAGCUUGGAAGGGAAACAACGUAUUCCUGUGUGGUGGGCGGCUGAUACUUGGACCAGAUGUGGCAUCACUGCUGCUUACGAUGUUCCUCAUCAUCGGUCCAACCGUCAUCUUCUGCUACCAGAUGAAAUCCAAAUUCUACCACUCGCAGGAGCACACCACUGGACAACAUCAUAUGCAUUGGGCAGCAGUAUUGAUAGUGAUCCUCACAACAAUUAUGGACAUGGUCUUCCUCUUCAUGACAUCUGCCAGAGACCCAGGAAUAGUACCAAGGAACACAAGAGCACCUCCUGAAGCUGAUGAAUUGCUUGGCACCAGCACACCGUCGAUGGACUGGAGCAAUGGGAGAACACCACGGAUGAGGUUCCGUCGAACAAAAGACGUCAUUGUAAAUGGCUUCGCGGUGAAGGUGAAGUUUUGCGAGACCUGCCUAAGGUACCGCCAGCCACGAUCCUCGCACUGCUCCAUCUGCGAUAACUGCGUCCAGAAGUUUGACCACCACUGCCCAUGGGUUGGUCAGUGCAUCGGACUUAGGAACUACCGCUUCUUCUUUCUGUUCAUAGCAACAUCGACUUUCCUGUGCAUAUUCGUCUUUAUUUUUUCAUGGCUGAAUGUCUACAGCCAAAUGGAAGAAAAUAGUGACACUAUCUGGAAGGCCUUGCGCAAAGAAGCGUACUCUUUUGCGCUAAUCAUCUAUACUUCCAUUGUUGUUUGGUUUGUUGGUGGCCUCACAGUAUUUCAUCUCUAUCUAAUCAGUACUAAUCAGACAACAUAUGAGAACUUCAGAUACCAUUACAACAAGACAGACAAUCCGUACCGAAAGAGCAUUGCAGCAAACUUUGCAGAAGUGUUCUUUACCAAGAUACCUCCUCCAAUGAACAAUUUCCGCUCACGGCUAGAAGAGGGUGCAUUAGAAGCCGGGUUCUACACUCCAUAUAUUGGGCUGGAUGUGACUACCCCAAGGGAAAAGAUUGAUGCAGAUAUGGGAAACAAAGAAGUACUUGUUGGGGGUAUGCAGAUUCCAACAGUACUUCAGAACAUAGACUAUGGUUCCUUUGAAGAUAGUUUAGACGACAAGAACAGGAAUGAGGACGAAAAAUCAAUGCACUUUCCUUCAGUUUGGGCACAAGGAAAUGAAGGUGCUGGAACAUCUACAGGAGCCACCCCGGCACGCAUAGAUGAAACAAGCAAGGAUGAUGCGAAUGAAAUUAGUAGUUCAUAUACAAGUUCGGCCAGCAUAUCUGCAGAAGCUAACGCGGCAUCUGGGGAUGGAACAGGUCAGUAUGAUGCUAAAGAAAGUAAAAGUUCAAAUAGAGCUGCCCAAUCAGCAAAGGACUUGAGCUGAGACCUCUGUAUUACUCGUUUAUAUUCAGGAAUUUGUUUGUAGAUAUUGUGAUCUGUGAAUUGACAUGAAUCUUUACAAUAUACAUGAUAACUGAAAACAGAAAGUGUAGUACUAUUCCAUACUUCAGCAAAUAUUUUCAUCUAGAGUGUACCAAAACCAAAUUAUUCUCUAAAUCUACCAUGGCAUUGUUCAUAAUUUUUGCAUUAUAUGUUUCUAGAGCACGUUGACCUUGGAUGAGAAAAGUGGACAUAGCAAGAAAGUAAUUCCAUUGAUUGAUUGCUUUCCUGCCUUUGUAAAUGCCAGGUCAGCUUGAUAUAAAGGGACAGCAGAA